AUGAAAUCUACCAGAAUCAGCAAAGCAAAGGCUUUGAGAACUGAACUGUGGUUCAGACAACAAACAGAAAGUAUCCAAGCUGUGAACACCAGAUUAUCUCUGCAGUCUUUGGAAACUAACCUGACUUUGGAACCAAGCCCACAGAAAUCAGCAUUGGCCUCACUGCGCCUACCCAAGAAAGAAAGAGAACAAGAAGAAGCAAGUGAACAUAUUGAUGAAGUACGAAAUGAAAUAGUUAAUGAACAAGCCAGUGAGGAGAUAUUGAAAGCAGAACAGAAAUAUAACAAACUCUGCCAACUAUUUUUUCAGAAGAGGUCAGAAUUCAUCACUGAAAUCCCAAAUUUUUGGGUAACAACAUUUGUUAGCCAUCCACAAGUGUCUGCACUGCUUGGGGAGGAAGAUGAAGAGACACUGCAUUAUUUGACCAGAGUCGAAGUGACAGAAUUUGAAGAUACAAAAUCAGUUUAUAGAAUAGAUUUUUAUUUUGAUGAAAAUCCUUACUUUGAAAAUAGAGUUCUCUCCAAACAAUUUCAUCUGAAUGAGUGUGGUGAUCCAUUUACAAAGUCCACUGAAAUCAAAUGGAAAUCUGGAAAGGAUUUGAUGAAACGUACAGAUCAAACACAGAAUAAAGCCAGUAGGAAGCGGCAGCAUGAAGAACCCAAGAGCUUCUUUACCUGAUUUACCGACCAUGCUGAUGCAGGUGCAGAUGAGUUAGGAGAGGUCAUCAAAGGAGAUAUUUGGCCAAAUCUGUUGCAGUACUACUUGAUUCCUGAUAUGGAUGACAAGGAAAGGGAAGGAGAGGAGAAGAAGGAGAAAGAGGAAAAAGAAGGAGGAGGAGGAAGAGAAUUGGAAGACAUUGAUGAAGAAAGGAGUGAGGAUGUAAGUGAAGAUGAAGAUGAUGAUGAAGAAGGAGAGGAAGAUGAAGGAGAGAUGACUAAUUGA